AUGUACGCUCUCAAGCAAAUCUCAUUCCUCGCAUUGGCGCUAUUCGCGGCGAAUAGUGUUGCGAAGACCACAACUAUUGGCUUGGAAACAGCAGAGGGGAGCAAGCCGAUCCAGGUACCAUUUGAUGAGUGCCAUCUGAUUGACGAGGAGAAAUCAGGGAGGUUUACACUGUCGCUACGACCACCUUCUGUCGUUUUUUCGUUUUCUCGUGACUCCAAGACCGAAGUGACCCACGGUGCCACUGUUACCCUCAAGGAUUCAACCCUCCCUUUCUUCCGAUUCUCAUUGAGCGCCACGAUCAAAGGCGAGGCGCCCCUGCGACGGAGGAGUGAGACCGACUGGGCGAGGAAUUGCUGGGAAAUGAACAUCCAAUGGCAUGAGGUCCAUCGCGAAGAACCCAUGGAGAAAUUAAUUAAUCGUCCAAUCGAUCAAUUAAUCUCCAGUGUUCUCUCCCCGCCUUUCGCAUUUCAAGCCUUCGCCAAGACUUUCGCCGCCAUUUUUGUUUCAUCUGCUCUCGGUCUUCUCGCCUGUCUUACAGUCUUUGACUCCCAUGCUUCUGCUCCUGCAUUUUCCCCUGUCGAGCUGCAUACCCCCUCUGUCUCGAACCAAUCUCUCCGAUUCAUCCCCGAUCGAAUCCAUGCGAAAGGCGCGGACAACCUCGCCUGUCCCAUACAUGGCGUCACAAGUGGAACACGCUAUUCUGCUCGUCGCCGCGGGUCAAGGAUUUUCAGCUCGUUCUUCUCGAGUCCCACGCUUUCUCCACCGCUCGACAUGGGGUUCUUUGGCAAAAAGGACGCAUCCCUCAACCCCCAUGCCGGUAGCAAUGCGCCGGACGACGAUAUCAGAGAAGCCCCGGUCGUCAGAGACCCGGAAAAGCAAUUGCCGACCCACGAUGACGACGUCCAAACCGCGUUGCCGCCCAUGCCUGCGCCGGCGAUCGACAUCGAUCCCGCUGUAGAGAAACGACUGCUACGGAAGCUCGAUUGGAGGGUUCCGACGCUGUUGGGGUUCCUGUAUCUUCUUUCCACGUUGGAUCGGAGCAAUAUUGGGAAUGCGAAGAUUGCUGGAAUGGAGGAUGAUCUUCACCUGAGCAGCGAUCAAUACACAUGGCUACUCACGAUCUUCUACAUCUCGUACACGGUGUUUGAGUUUUUCGCACUAAUGUGGAAAAUAAUCCCGCCUCAUAGAUGGGCUGCGAUCACCGUGCUGACAUGGGGUAUAGUUGCCACAUGUCAAGCCGCCACCCGGAACUGGCAGGGCAUGAUGGCUCUGCGGUUCCUCCUUGGUAUGGGAGAAGCCGGAUUCGGUCCCGGUACACCCUUUCUACUCUCGUUCUUCUACCGUCGACAUGAAUUGGGUCUUCGUUGCGGUCUAUUCGUCUCCUCCGCUCCUUUAGCCAAUACUUUCGCCGGUGCGCUGGCCUACGGAAUCACGUCCGGCCAUCCCAAGCUCGCCAGCUGGCGACUUUUGUUCCUCGUCGAGGGGAUUCCCUCCUGUCUGGCUGCCGUUCUGGCCUGGUUCUUCCUCCCCGAUCAUCCCUCGACCGCCCGAUUCCUGACUGAGGAGGAGAAGGAAGUCGCCCGGGCCAGGUCGAUCCAGCGCAGCGGUGAAGGAGAGCGCGUCACUGGGAUCGACUUGAAGGAUAUAGGCCGGACUCUGUUGGACGUGAAAGCCUGGCUUGUUGCCUUGAUGUACUUCAGCUGCAACGUCAGCUUCUCUUCGCUCCCCGUCUUCCUGCCUACCAUCCUGAAAGACAUGGGAUUCACCUCGAUCAACGCGCAGGGCCUUACGGCUCCGCCCUACUUUCUUUCCUUCCUCUUGACGAUCGCAACCACCUAUAUGGCCGACCGAUUCCAGCAGCGUGGCCUCAUGAUCGCGUUCCUAUCCAUCGUCGGCGCCGUCGGCUACGUGCUUCUUGCCACCUGCACCGCCGUCGGUGUCCGUUAUCUGGGCGUGUUCCUCGCCGCGGCGGGAGUUUUCCCGUGCAUUGGAAACAUUCUCCCGUGGACCUUGAACAACCAAGGCUCCGACACCCGUCGCGGAAUGGGUAUCGUCAUUCUCAACAUCAUCGGCCAAUGCGGUCCCUUCCUGGGGACAAAUGUCUACCCCGAAACCGACGGCCCGCGAUACAUCAAGGGCCAAUCGAUCUGCGCCGCGUUCAUGUUCUUCACGACGAUCCUGGCGCUCUCCCUGCGGACGCUGCUGGCGUGGGAGAAUCGUCGCUUGGACGAGAAGCAUGGACGGGUAGGAGAGACGGAGGGAGACGCGAAGACGGAGACGGUGGCGCGGGAGAACUACGGCGCUGCGUUUCGUUGUGGUUGUGAUGAUUAUCGAUCGGGCUGGGUAGGUUGA